AUGGAAACAAGACAAUCGGAUUUUAUGAAAAGAAUUAAGCAAACAGCUAUGAAUUUAAAAGAAAAUAUUGAACAGAUUCGAAACAUCAUUAUAGUUUGGCUAAUCGAUAAUAUUCUUUAUAAUAAUCCUGAUUUUGAAAAUACACUUGAAGAAAUUCGACAAAUUAUCAGCGAUAUAUAUACAUUCACUGAUAAUGAUCAAUGUAUCGAAUUUAUUCUAAAUAUUACUAAUUGUAAAGUAUGUAUGAUCACUUCAGAAUCAGUUGGAUUAAAUCUUAUACCUUGUAUUCAUGAUAUCUCACAAAUUGAUUCAAUUUUAAUCGUUUAUGACAACAAAAUUCAAUAUGUACAAUGGAUUAAGAAAUGGUAUAAAAUCAGAAAUGUUUGUUUAAAUUCAUCAAGUAUCUGUAAACAAUUAAAACAAAUAACUCGUCAAUACGAACAAAAUAAUAUACCAAUGAGUUUUGUAACAUCAGGAAAAAGAUUAAAUCAAUUAGAUCCAUUAUUUAUGUAUACACAACUUAUGAAAGAAAUCUUAUUAACUAUUGAAUUCGAUGAUACACAUAUUAGAGAGUUUGUUAAUUAUUACGGUGAUGAAUAUGUUGAUAAUAAGAAUCAAUGGAUUAAAAUUAAACAAUUUGUAAAUAAAUAUCAUGAGAAAGAACCAAUAUGGUGGUAUACAACAGAAGAAUUUCUAUAUGGAACGUUGAAUCGUGCUUUACGAAUAAUGAAUGGAGAAGUUAUAGUAUUGAUGGGAUUCUUCAUUACUGAUCUUCAUCGACAUAUUGAAGAACGACACAAACAACAAUACAAUAGCAAUCAGUCUGUUGAAAGUUUUACAGUUUACCGUGGUCAAGGUCUAUUAAAGAAAGAUUUUGAUGAAUUAGUUCAAUCCAAAGGUGGAUUAAUAUCAUUCAAUAAUUUUUUAUCUACCAGUAAAGAUCGUGAUGUUUCUUUACUUUUUGCUCCACAUGAUGCAAAUAAUCCUGAUUUAAUUAGCAUUCUUUUUAUUAUGAAGAUUGAUCCUAGUAAAUCGACGACAUCAUUUACUUCAAUUAAUGACUUGAGCAAUUUUGUAGAAGAAGAAGAAGUUCUCUUUUCAAUGCACACCAUUUUUCGUAUAGACAACAUCAAACAAUCGGAUGAAAACGAACAAAUAUUUGAAGUACAUUUGUUACUUACUGAUGAUACUGACGAAGAGCUAUGUAUGCUUACUCAAUAUGUUCGAAAAGAGAAUUCUUUUGUGCCAGAAGGAUGGCAUAGAUUAAGUUCACUAUUGAUUGAACUUGAUCAACCUGAAAUUGCAGAACGUAUUUAUAAAGUUUUACUUUCUCAAACAGUUGAUGAGACUGAAAUAGCAUUUAUUUAUGAUCAUCUUGGUUCGAUCAAACGUUAUCAAGGACAAUAUCAGGACGCAUUGCUACUUCAUAAAAAAGCUGUGGAAAAGAAACUGAAGUCGCUUCCUUCCAUUCAUCGUAAUAUGGGUGUAUCUUACAUUAAUAUUGGUAUUAUACAUUCCGACAUGGGUGAUUAUUCAAAUGCUCUUUCAUCGUUCAAACACGCUCUUGUUACUAUACAAUUAUCACUUCCUUCUAAUCAUCCAGAUGUAGCUGUAUGCUAUAGUAACAUUGGUAUGGUAUAUGAUCUCAUGGGUGAUUAUGUCGAGGCACUUUUAUGGUAUAAAAAGGUUCUUACUUUUCGACAACAAUCGCUUCCUUCUAACCAUCCUGAUCUGGCUGCAAUCCACAGUAAUAUUGGUACAGUUUACUUUAGUAUGGGUGAUCAUUCAAAAGCACUUUCAUCACAUUUACAAGCGCUUAUGAUUAGACAAAAAUCACUUCCUUCGAAUCAUCAUGUUAUGGCUUCAUCCUACAAUAAUAUCGGUAUAGCGUAUCUCAACAUCAGUGAUUAUUCUAAAGCCCUUUCAUCAUUUGAGCAAGCUCUUAGAAUUCGAGAAGAACUGUUUCAUUAUAACCAUCCUGACAUAGCUGAAUCUUAUAACAACAUUGGUGCAGUGUAUCAUACUAUAGGUGACUAUCCCAAAGCACUUUCAUUAUUGGAGCAAGCAUUGAAAAUUCGACAAAAUUCAUUAUCAUCCGAUCAUCCUGAUGUAGCUAAAAGUUACUGUAACUGUGGUUUCACUUACUGUAGUAUGGGUGAUUAUCCAAACGCACUUUUAUCACUAGAACAAGCUCUAAAAAUUCUACAACAAUCGCUCUCCUCCGAUCAUCCCGAUAUCGCUACAUUACACAAUAAUAUUGGCAUGGUGUAUCUUAACACAGAUAAUUAUACGAAAGCACUCUCAUACUUUGAACAUGCACUUAAAAUUCGACAAAAAUCACUUCCAUCUAAUCAUCCUGACGUGGCCGCAUGUCACAAUAAUAUUGGUAUUCUGUAUUCCAAUAUGGGCGAUUAUUCUAAAGCACUUUCAUCCCAGGAACAUGCACUUAGAAUUCGACAACAAUCAUUACCUUCUAAUCAUCCUGAGAUUGCUAUAUCUUACAAUAAUAUUGGUGUACUAUAUUAUGACAUGAAAGAUUAUCCUAAAGCACUUUUAUGGUAUGAACGAGCCCUUACGAUACAGCAACAAUUAUUCCCUUCAAAUCAUCUUGAUAUAGCUAGAUCUCAAAAUAAUAUCGGUAUGGUGUAUUACUGUAUGGGGAAAUAUACGAAAGCCUUUUCAUUAUGUUCAGGUGCUGUGAAAACUUUACAACAGACAUUGCCAUCAGAUCAUCCUGACAUGCAAAAGUAUAAGAGAAACGUCGAGAAUAUUAAAAAGAAGUUGUAA